AUGCCUGGUGAGCUGAAAGAGUACACCCUGGCGGAGGUGGCCAUGCAUAACGGAAAGGGAGGAACUCCCACGUGGAUAGUGAUAAGGGAUAACGUGUACGAUGUUACCAGCUAUAUGGAAGACCACCCGGGAGGCAGUGAGUUGAUCACCGAGUGGGCUGGCAAGGAUGGUACGAAGGACUUUGACGACUUUGGCCAUUCGUCGGAUGCGAUGCGAAUUCUCAGAACGCUGCAAGUUGGUGUGUUGGUACAGUGCGAUCAGGCAAAGAAUCGCCUAGCCAGUGGCCAAAAGAGUGUUUCCUAUGCGGAGUCGGAAGAAAAUCUCGUUGAGAAGAAACGAAGCAAACGUCGGAAGUUUAUUCUUUGCGGUUAA